AUGGGCGACGAGAAAGAAGACACUCAAACCCAAGAGCCGUUUGUCCCAUUCACGCUCGAGGAAAACAUCCAGCAGCUCAAUGAAAUUGACCGGUCCAUCGUUGAGCUCAUGACGCACACUGCCACUGCACUUGGCGCCCUCACCACGCCCGUCUCUUCCGACGACAGCAAUCCCCCAGCAUCAGUCGAGGCAGCGGCGCAAACGGAGGCAUUUCAGAAAGCUACCGAUACGUUUUUGGAGACUCUGCAUAGUGUUGACGUGCGCAUGAAGCGCCAGAUUCUCGCUUUGGAGGAAGCAGGCAUCGUCAAUCUGUCCAGCGGGCCUCGUCAGGGGCACAACACGACUGUCAAGGCGUCCUUGAAGCCGAACGGGAUGGGGGCCAUUGGAAAUCUGGACGUUGGCUGGCUCAACAGUCGCAGUACCAAGGUUGAACGGGACAUGGAGCUGGAGUUGUGGAGAAGGGCGCAAGAGCUCCUCGAAAAGGACGCAGACAACACGAAGAAGGAGUGA